CAGGAAUGCCAGGGCUCCUGGCUAUAGCUGGCUUGUUCCUGGUGCUCCUCAUCCCCAGUGCCAGGCCAGAGUCAGCGGUGCUGAGGUUCCAGGGGCAGACAGAGUUCGUGGUGAACGAGAGCAGCAGGGCUAUAGUGCGCCUGGUGGUGGAGAGAGUGGGAGACCCCAUCAACGUCACUGCCUUAGUGCUACUGCAGGGUGAGGACACUGGAGACUUUGAGGCCACCACCGCAGCUGCUUUCCUCCUGUCGUCCGAGUCCAGCAAAACCAUCUUCAUCGCUGUUAAGGACGAUGACCUGCCUGAAGCUGACGAAACCUUUGUGUUCAACCUCCGACUCCAGAGCUCCUCAAAUGGUGUGACUGUAGGGACUCCAAACACAGCCACCAUCACUAUCCUGUCCAACGACAAUGCUUUUGGAAUCAUCUCCUUCAACUCAACCAGCCUGAUCACUGUGGAGGAGCCAAAGGGCAGAAACCAGUAUGUGCCUCUAACUCUCAUUAGAGAGAAAGGAACGUAUGGAACCGUCACUGUGAAUUUUGAGAUCUCUGGAGGCCCGAACCCAGCCAGUGAAGAUUUGAGUCCAGACAGAGGAAACCUCACUAUUCCUCCUGGCCGAGCAGUUGUGGUCUUCAGUAUACUCAUACAAGAUGAUAAGGUUCCUGAAGAUGAUGAGAUCUUCACUGUGCAGUUAACAGGAGUGGCAGGAGGUGCCUUACUGAACCCCAACAACACCAGCGUGCAGAUUAAAAUCUCUCGUAAUGAUGCCCCUGUGCGCUUCUCUCAGCCCUCGCUGGCCGUGCCUGAAAAUGCUGGCAUCAUAAAUCUGACCGUUACCCGUGGCAGAACCGACGAUGGCCUUCUCAUUGGCUCUGACGACAGAGAAGUAUCUGUCGCUUACACUAUUGUCACAGGGAACGGAGCGGCCAGUGCCACCCUGUUGGAGGACUUUGUGGACCUCCAGGCUAAGAGGAUGGUGGUGUUUCCUCCGGGGGUUCAUGAAACGGUGCUGCACAUCAACAUUGUUGAUGAUAGAGUUCCAGAAAUUGCUGAGUCCUUUCAGUUGGUUCUUCUGGAGGAGACUCUGUUGGGUGAUGCAGUUCUGGUGUCUCCCAGCUUUGUGCAGGUGACCAUCGAGCCUAAUGACAAGCCUUAUGGAGUGCUGUCUAUCAGCAGUCCACCUCCAACACAGCCAGUUAUUAUUAAUGAAGACACAACUGCGAGGUUUGAAGGCAUCACCAUUGUGAGGAACGGAGGAACUCAUGGUUUGGUCUCGGUGAACUGGACUAUAACACGGAACUCCACAGAUCGAACCCCUGUAACUAGUGACCUGUUUCCUGCCUCUGGAACGCUGAGGUUCACUGAAGGGCAGAUGAUCGCAAUCCUGCCAUUAAACAUCACUCAAGAUAACCUCCCUGAAGAAGCAGAGGCCUUCCUACUCAGACUGAUCCCUGGCUCUGUGCUGGGAGGAGCAGAAGUGGAUGAACCCAUGGAGAUGGUGUUCUACAUUCAGGACAGCGAUGACGUCUAUGGACGAUUCGGCUUCCAUCCCAAUGAGACGCAGAGCAUUCAGAGCCAGCCCGACGUGCGCUUCCUGUCCCUCAGCUUCCUGCGUGAGGGGGGCACACUAGGGGAGGUGCGACUUACCCUUACUGCCCUUUACAUCCCGGCUGGGGCUUUGGACCCAUCCCGAGCUCGGGACGGUGUGUUAAACGGCACCAGUGCCAACAGUCUGCUGUUCAGUUCGGGCCAGUCGAGGGUCCAGCUCAUCCUGCCCAUCCGUAAUGAUGCCUUCCUGCAGAAUGGAGCCCACUUCCUCAUACAGCUGGACAGCGUGCAGUUGGUCAACAUUACUUCCCCUAUUCCCUCAGUGAGCCCUCGCUUUGGAGGAGCCAUCAACAUCUCCCUGCUUAUUACACCAGACAUCGCUAACGGAGAGAUCGGCUUCACCAGCAACCAGACAGUGGUGGCAAUAGAACCUGAGGAAACAAAUACCAGCAUGAUCGUUCUUCCACUGAGGAGAGACGGUACAGAUGGACAGGCAGUGGUCUUCUGGAGUUUACGAACUACCGGCGAGAACAGAGUGGAUGUUACCAAGGACGACCUUUCUCCUUUCUCCGGUUCAGUCACGUUCCUUUCAGGACAAAGUGAGGCAAACAUCAGCAUCAUCAUCAUGGCUGACGAUGUUCCAGAAAUCAACGAGACUGUGCUCCUCACUUUAGAUAGGGUAGAGACUGCACGCUUUGUAGUGUACUUCGGGACGAACGUGGAGAACCAGAUUCUGAAGCCUGGUUUCACCAGCCGAGAGAUCGUCAUACUGGAGAAUGAUGAUCCUGGUGGAGUCUUUGAGUUUUCACCUGUAUCUAGAGGCCCCUGGUUCAUUAGCGAGGGGCAGACGGUGGAGCUGAGGGUGAUCAGACAGCAAGGGCAGCUGCUGAACCAGCUGGUGAGAUACACAGUGACGCCCUCCGGAAACGAGGACUUUUACGGAGCCACAGGCAUCCUGGAGUUCCAGCCCGGAGAGAGGGAAGUGGUGGUGGCUCUAGUGGCCAGACCUGAUGGGUUACCUGAGCUGGACGAGACGUUUGCAGUAGUUCUCAGUAGCCACAGCACCCCAGCUAGUCGCCUGGGCAGCCGCAGACAGGUCAACAUUACAGUGCGCAAGAGUGAUGAUCCAUUUGGGGUCAUUGAGUUUACUCAGCCAGGCCUCAGUUUCUCCAUCAAUGAGAGCAAAGCAAUGGACUUACAUUCAGCUUCUUACCCCAUUGUGAGAGGAAGGGGUCGUUUUGGGAAUGUGUCGGUCCUCUGGGUCCUGGAGCCCACCUACUCAGGAGAUGUAACCCCAGUCCAGGGGGAGGUGGUCUUUGCUGAAGGAGAGUAUCUGAAAAACCUGACCCUUUUCUCCAGACCAGAUGAGAUACCAGAAGAUAAUGAGCAAUUCACCAUCACCCUCAUCAAUGCAACCAGUGGAGCCCGACUGGGAAGUGUACUAAAUGCGAGCUUAGAGAUUAGAAAGAACGAUGACCCAGUUUACUUUGCAGAACCAGCGAUACGGAGAGUCAGAGAAGGUGGUGAGGCAAAUUUUACCAUUCUGCGGGCUGGACUGGCUAAUUUCAUGGCAACAGUCAUGUACCGGUUCGAGUACGGUGACUCAUCACCUGGAGACUUCACACCGUUGAGUAACGACUCGCUGCUGGUGUUUGAUUAUGGAGAAUGGAUGAAGAACAUUUCAGUCGCUGUAAUGGACGACGACAUCCCAGAAACAGAUGAAGCCUUUUACAUCGUCCUGUUUAACGCCACAGGGGAUAUGGUGGUGUACGGACAGCACACUGCUACAGUGGUGAUUGAAGCCAAUGAUGACGCCAAUGGUGUAUUCUCUCUGGACGCCACUGAGAAGCCUGUGGAAGAGGGGAAGUCCAACUACUUCUAUGUUAUUAGGAACAGAGGGCACUUUGGCAACGUCACCGUGUUCUGGCAGCUGUUCGCCAACAACACUCCUCUGGAACCCCAUCAGGAGUUCAUCAACACAUCUGGAUUCAUCGUCUUCACCACUGGAGAGAAAACCAAGCCUGUAGUCCUGCAGGCAGUCUCUGACAAAAUCCCAGAGUUUAACGAGUUUUAUGAGCUUCGUUUGAUAAACAUUUCAGGUGGUUAUCCUGGUGAAGGCGGCAAACUGGCUAUGAAGGACCUCAACGCAUCUGUUCUAAUCCCUUUCAAUGAUGACCCUUUUGGUGUUUUUGCCAUUGACAAAGACAGCCUGGACCAAGAGGUAGCAGAAGAUGUCCUAUCUGUGGAUGAUAUGUCUUCUGUCACAUCCUACACCAUCCUCCGCCAGCAGGGCACUUUCGGAGACGUUCGUGUGUCGUGGGAAAUCCUAUCUGGAAAUUUCCCGCAAGGUUUACCACCAAUGGAGGACUUGAUCUUGACGGCUACGUUUCCUCCAGCCGUGAUGCUUCAGCCUCAUGCCAGGAGGCACCAUUCUGGAACAGAUGCCUUCUUUUUCUCUGGUCUUCCUGGAGCUUAUGGAACCAUCAGUCCAGAAGGCCAGCCUGGGGAGAUUCCUCAUAGCCUGGCAAACUUUACCUUCUCAGCCUGGCUAAUGCCCAGGCCCAACACGGAUGGGUUCAUUGUUUCAAAGGGCAACGGCAAUGGAACCAUGUAUUAUGGAGUGAAAGUCCAGACCAAUGAAUCUCAUGUUAGUGUAAUGCUUCAUUACGUGACCGUAGGAUCCAACAGCACCCAGGUGGCAAGAGCUACAACAGCGAAGUUUGUGGAAGAUAAUGUAUGGGUUCAUGUCAUCAUUGCCGUGGAAGAUGGAAUUAUCGAGUUUUAUUUGGACGGAAGCCCGAUGCCUGGAGGAAUUAAGAGUCUGAAAGGAGAGGCCAUUAUGAAUGAUGGAGCUCCUGUGCGGAUUGGCUCAGACCCUGAUGGUCAGCAGCUCUUCACUGGCCUGUUGCAGGAUGUGCGCCUUUAUUUCAGCCGGCUGAACCAGGCAGAAAUUCGCGAACUUCACGGACAGCCCGCCAAGACCGACCUGAGGAAUGUGUCAGGCUACCUGGCAUACCGCCAAGAAGAAAAGCGCAAGUCAUUUGUUGUGGAAACGCACGAUGACCUGGAGGAGGAGGGAGAGGAGGUGUUUUACCUGCAGCUGGUGGCUGUUCACGGCGGAGCCCGACUGCCCACACCUCGACCCACUGCCAGGCUCAGGAUUACCAAGAGCGACAAUGCCAAUGGCCUGUUUGGAUUCACUGGAGCUUGCAUUCCUGAUAUAUCUGAGGAGGGCUCCACUGUGUCCUGUGUAGUGGAGCGCACACGUGGAGCUCUUGACUCCGUGUAUGUAAACUACACUGUCACACAGCUCGGUUCCCCUGCUGUGGUGUCCAGUGGCUCAGACUUCACCAACGCCACGGGCUCCAUCCUCUUCCUGCCGGCCCAGCGCUCUGAGGUUUUGAAUCUGCUGGUGCUGGAUGACGACAUCCCUGAGUUUGAUGAGUUCUUCCAAGUCAGGCUGGUCUCAGCUCAGUCUGGAGAUGGAAAACAAGGGUCUACUCCAACAAGUGGAGCCAGCAUCGAUCCUGAGAAUGCCAUCAACAACAUCACUGUCAAGGCCAGUGACCACCCCUACGGUCUAUUGCAGUUCCAGACUGCUCCCGUCACUCAGGCUAUGAUUAGGCCAGCUGUGGAGGAGGCUCACAUCACUGUACGAGAGGAAGUUGGAGUGCUCAGACUGCCCGUGGCCAGAGCACAAGGCCUGCUGGGAAGAGUGCUGGUGGCUUAUCGCAUGAUCCCAUUCACAGCCAUCAGUCCAAAGGAUUACCAGGACUCCGAGGGGUUGCUGGAUUUUCUGCCAGGCGAGAGGCUCAAAUAUAUCAACGUGACUAUUAUAGACAACUCAGUGCCGGAGCUGGACAAAGUGUUUAGAGUGGAACUCUACAACCCUGAGGGGGGAGUGGAUCUGUUCUAUGGGGGCGAGGGCAGUGGAAGUGGAGAGGGUGACACUGAUUUCCUCCUUCCACCCUUUCACUAUCGCCACGCUAACUUGGGAAUUGCAUCUCACAUCACUGUGACCAUCGCUGCAUCCGAUGAGGCUCAUGGGGUCUUCCAGUUCAGUGCUGACUCUCUGGCAGUGAACGGGACAGAGCCUGAGGAAGGGCGGAGUACUGUGGUCUUACAGGUUAUUCGUACGUUUGGAGCUCUAUCUAAUGUGACCGUAUACUGGGAGGCAGAUGCAGACUCAGAAGGAGAGCUUAUCUACAGGUCUGGCAACCUGACCUUCAGUGUGGGGCAGACUGUUGGAAGCAUUUAUCUGCUGAUCUCCCAGGAUGAUGUCCCUGAACUGGACAAGAGCUUCAGAGUCCGUUUGUCUAAUGUUUCUUAUGGACGACUUGGGAACCAGACGGUUGCCACAGUGACUGUGCUAGCUAGUGACGACCCCUAUGGGCAGUUUGUGUUUGCAGAAAGCAGCAGGCCAGUUCGUGUGGCAGAAGCCAAUACACUCGUCACCUUGACGAUACAGAGGAGGAAAGGGUUGAUGGGAAGGGUACAGGUGACAUACAGGACGCUAAGGGAUACAGACUCAGUGCCCUUCAGCACUCCAGGUGUGGGCAGGGCAAGUGCUGGUAACGACUUUAUACCCCUUUUGGAGUCGGUGACGUUCUCAGCCAAUCAGAGUGAAGCAAAUGUUACUGUCAGGAUUCUGGAUGACCAAGAUCCAGAGAGGGCGGAGUCUGUGUUUGUGGAGCUCAGCGGUGUCAUACUGGUGGAGGGUGUACAGGCAAGACCAGUCGCUCUGUCACCUCGACUCGGCCUCAGAAAUGUCUCAGUGGCUCAGGUGAUUAUAGAGGCCAGUGAUGAUGCGUUUGGGGUGCUUCAGCUCUCCACCUCAGCAGUGAGUGUGCCUGAGUAUUAUGUGGGACCCAUCAUCAAUGUGACACGCACUGGAGGGAUUUUUGCUGAUGUGUCUGUCAAGUUCCGUGCUGUACCCCUGACUGCACGGGUUGGUGAGGACUACAGUGUGGCCUCCUCUGAUGUGGUUCUUCUGGAGGGAGAGAGCAGUAAACCCGUCCCCAUCCUAAUUAUCAACGACAUGGUGCCUGAACUGGAGGAAACCUUCCGCAUUGAACUUCUCAACCAGACCACAGGAGGAGCAUUCCUGGGGGACCUCACACAGGCCAUCAUCACUAUCCUGCCCUCUGAUGACCCAUAUGGGUCCUUUGUUUUCCAGGCCGAGCCCAUCACUGUAGAGGAGCCAGGAGUGAACGCAUUUGAAGUCUCCUUGCCCAUUGUGAGGAAUGCUGGGACGAUAGGUUACGUGGCUGUGCGAUGGCAGGCAACCGUCAAUGGAAGACCUGCAACUGGUGACCUUCGACCCCUGUCCGGUGAGGUUAGCUUCGCACCAGGUGAAACCGUGCAGACCCUAAAAGUGGAGGUUUUGGCUGAUGAUGUACCUGAAAUUGAAGAGAUCAUCAAGGUAGAGCUCAUUGGUGCCACAAAUGGAGGGAGCAUUGGUGCUGAGAAGGUGGUGAACAUCAUUGUCCCUGCUAAUGACAAUCCAUAUGGAACAGUGUACUUCGAACAGGCAGUAUAUCGAGUGCAGGAGCCUUUGGAAGGAAUGUACACAGCCAACAUUACCGUUCGAAGAAGUGGAGGUAAUUUUGGUCUUCUAGAGAUCUUAUAUAGCACCUUUGAGUUUGACGUGGUGAGUAAUGCCCAGAGAGACGGCCAUAACUUCCUCAUCUACUACAAUUCACCCCGGGCUGGGGCACCCACUAGUGCCAUCCAAAGGCCCAUCAACAUUACAUCAACCAGAGACCCCUUGAACUUUUGUGCAGCUUUCUGUCUUCGAGAACGAGCCUGUCAAGCCUUUUCUUUCACUAACGCCUCCACUGCAACAUGCUUCUGGGUAACCUCUGGGGCUAACCAACUUUCUCCUACCAUCCAAAUGCUCACCUAUAUGAAAAACACCACAGCUGCCGCUUUUCUCUUCAGCUCGCAGGCAGUUGCCGGGAGCGAUUAUGUUACCAUGACAGCACAGACAGCGACCAUGCUUGAUGGGUCGAGUAUUGCCAACCUCACUGUGCCGAUCCUGACUGAUUCUUUACCAGAGGUGGAUGAAAGUUUUAUGAUUCAAAUCUUGAAGGUUAGCCUGAUUAAUAUGACUGUGGUUGCGAAACACUUACCCACCAUUGGGCAACCAGACACAGCCAGGGUGACUAUAGGGAUGAACGGUGAUGCGUUUGGAGUCUUCAUACUGUAUAGCAUUAGUCCUAAUGCUACUGAGAAAGGCUUGUAUCUGGAGGUGAGAGAGGAGCCUCGCACCCGAGUGCCACUGGUCAUUGAAAGGACCGGAGGCAGUCUAGGCCAGGUUAUGGUGGAGUGGAUGUAUGUAGGUGGGAGCGCAAAACCCAAUGCUGACUUUAAUGGCACAGGAGAGACGCUCAUCUUUGCAGAAGGGGACGUGAGGAAGACCAUUGACUUCUUCAUCACCGAUGACACUGAGGCGGAGGAUAAUGAGACCAUACGGAUCGGCUUGGUGAGGACUGAGGGUGGCAGCCGUAUUCUUCCUAGCUCAGAUACUGUCACCAUCCUCAUCCUCGCCAACGACCAUGCAGCUGGCCUGGUGGGCUUCAACCCAGCCUCAAGAUCAGUCAUAGUUAGAGAAGGUGAGAGGCUGCCGUUGCUGGUGGAAAGAACUCCUCCUGCAAUAGGAAACGUCACAGUGGAGUGGAGAAUCGAAGGCCCUCGACCUUCACUGACGUUUGUGGAUAUCUCUGGAGUUCUGUUCUUCAGUGAGGGGAUGCUGAAUGACUCUAUAGUGCUGCAACUGUUGGAUGAUGGCACUCCUGAGGAGAGAGAAGAGUACAGAGUUGUCCUCUCUAACAUUCAAACUAAGGGUGUAACAGCCACAGGUGUAGCGGCUCUGGAUGUUCAAGGCCGAGAGGCAGUGGUCAGUGUACAGGCCAGUGAUGAGCCAUUUGGAAUGCUCAGUAUUGCUCCAUCCUCUUGCAGCGUAUCCACUGAGGAGAAAAACACUACAAUCAGGAUUUACAUUAACAGAGAAUUUGGAGCCUCAGGAGCAGUAAAUAUCAGCUAUGAGACAGUGAAAGGGUCUCUGCAGGACCUGAGGCAGACUGAGGGGGCUUUAGCAGAACCUGGUCAGGACUUCCUGUAUGUCUCUGGCUCCGUGGUCAUGCAGGAUGGCCAGACUUCUGUGUCCAUCCCAAUCACUAUUAUAGAUGACAGUAUUCCUGAGCUGCAGGAAUUUUUUCUGAUCAACAUCACAUCAGCAGUUCUGAUAAGCACACUUCCAACUGCGCCUAAGCUAGAUACUCAAGGCUUGGUAGCAGAAGUUAGGAUUAAUGCUAACGAUGGGAUCCGGGGCAUCAUUGGCUGGCAAAGCAUAGAUUAUGAAGUGAAUGAGACAAUUGGAGUGUUAACUUUGGUGGCAUAUCGACAUGCUGGGACAUAUGGAAAUGUCUCUGUCUUCUUCUAUGCACAAAAUCUAGAGGCUCAGUUGGGCCUGGACUUCAAUGCUACAGCAUUGAUGCUGCACUUUGUGAACGGAGAGAGGUAUAAGUUUGUAGAGGUGCUGAUUUUGGAUGACCCCAUUCCAGAAGGAGAUGAGAAGUUUCAGCUCAUUCUGACAAACCCGUCAUCAGGGCUCGAGCUUGGAGAAAACACUACUGCAACUGUGACCAUUCUGGCCAAUGACGAUGGCCAUGGCAUUAUUUCCUUCAACAACAGUGAGCACUUCUUGCUGAGGGAGCCCACUUCAGUGUCCGGUCUUGGCCAGAGUGUGGCCACUCUCUACAUUGUACGGAAUCCGCCGCAGGGCAUAUUCGGCACAGUCACUGUGCAGUUCUCCAUUACUGAUGCCAACGGCACGCUCUACACCGAUGACCUCACACCAUCAGAGGGCUUUGUUGUUCUGGAGGAUGGGGUUAGGUAUAAGACUCUGGAGAUCUGGGCAGUUUUAGAUGCAGAACCGGAAAUGAAUGAGACCUUUACAGUGACUCUGUUCAGCCCUACUGGAGGAGCACGACUGGGAGAGCCCACUCAGACGCUCAUCACUGUGCUCCAGAACCAGGCUCCUCUCGGACUUUUCAGAAUAGCUCCUUCCAGCAACAGAACUCUGGGCUCUUUGACAGUAGAGGAGACUGCAGAGACGGUGUAUUUGACAGUAUCUCGCAGCAAUGGGCUGGAUUCUGCAGUCAGUGUGGAGUUUGAGACGCAGUCAGACACAGCCUUUGGCAUGAAGGGCGAUUAUCCAUAUCUGGCUGUGUAUCAGCGCUUCAGAGACGCUCUGCCUGUCGGCUGGUGUUCUGUGCCCAGUGGAGACUCUUCAAUGCUCUUGAGGCUCGGGGGCUUAAACAGCAGCCUAGUCCAGGACCAGGUCACCCUCUACAUGUGGCAGGGAGUGUUUGUGCCUGUUGAGUCCGUGAGCAUCCAGAGGCCCUCCUCUUGUGUGGGUUUUACCGUAAAUGGUACCGCCUAUGUGGCAGUGUCCCAUGGAGACACCACAGAGUCGCCUGCUGCCAAUGUCAGCCUGUUCCGCCUCCAGCCUGACCUCAAUCUUACUCUAGAGCAGACUUUGGCUGUGGGAAGCAGCGAUGUUAAACAUUUCUCAGUGAAGUCUCAGCAGUAUUUCAUAGCUUCGAACCAGGUGUUUGUGUGGGCUGGAAGUUCUCUCUCCCUCUUUCACACUCUGGAGCUGCAGAACAUCACCGCUCUCUCGCCCUUCAUCCGGGCCAGUGGAAACGGACAGUACCUCGCUGCCUGCAGGAACCAAGCUUCAUCCACCUGCUUUAUCUACCAGUGGAGCAAUGGAAGCUUCCAGAACCCCCAGCCACUGCCAGUCAGUGCUAAAGUCAAACAAAUGGAGUCCAUUCACAUGGGAGGAGAUACGUUCCUGCUAGUAGUCACUGAAGGCCGAAGUCCUGUGUGUGAGGUGUUUUUAUGGGGUUCCCAGCAGACCUUCUUCCAGCACACCCAGUCCAUUUUGUUCCCCGGACUAUCUUCAGUCCACGCAUUCACCCCUACAUCUGGCAUACCGCACCUCUUACUUGCCGGGACGAAUGAAUCUGCUCUGUAUUCCUGGAAGUCCGAUAUCAGCCAGUUCACAAAGGUCCUGAGCUCCUUUCCAGCUCAGCAAUUCCUCUACCUGCCUGUCCAAUCACUCAAUGCAACAAAGAGUCUGAUCAUAGCCACAGGAGGAUCAGGCUCCGUCAUACAUGAGCUGACUUCAGUGUCCAAUCAGUCUGACUUCAUCCCUCGUUCUGGUGAGCUGUUCUUUCAGCCAGGAGUUAGCGAAUUAGAGAUAGCGGUGAACAUAAUCAAUGACGAUGCUCCAGAAGAGGAAGAGCGUUUCCGCCUGAGCCUGAAGAAUCCUAAAGGCGGGGCAGAGAUUGGCUUCCGUGGUCAAGUGGCUGUGGUCAUUCCAGCUAAUGACGAUGCCUAUGGCAUUAUUGGCUUUGCACAGAACUCGUUAUCUCGGGAGGUGGAUGAGCUGGAAAGGGAUAAUCCUGUCACUCUGAGUGUGGAGAGGAGGAGGGGCACGUUUGGUAGGCUAACCGUGCGCUGGACAACCAAUGGAAGUCUGGAGGACAUUUUCCCUACAUCAGGAGUGGUGACUUUCUCAGAGGGUCAGGCUGUGGCCACCAUCUCGCUAAGCGUGUUAGCUGACAGCAUCCCAGAAAUGGCAGAGAAAGUGACCAUCAUCCUAACAGGCGUUACCACAGUCGGCGUCAUCGAUCCAUCCAGGAGAGCUCUGAUAGACCCACAGCGAGCCAGAGCUGAGCUCACCAUUAAAGCUAAUGGAUCUCCUUACGGAGUGAUUGGAUGGCACCUGGACUCCCAGUACUUCAUCACAGCCGAACCUCAAAGAAGCCCAAGCAAUAUCACACUGAGCAUUGUGAGAGACCAGGGGGCAUCUGGGGACGUGGUGGUCUACUAUACAACCAGACCAGCACUGUCAUUGCCACCUGUUAAUCAAGCCAGUGAGGGUCAGGACUUUGUAGCUAAACAAGCUACAGUCGUCAUGAUGGAGAAGGCUACUGUUGCCCUGGUAACCAUUACUAUCUUACCGGAUGACAUUCCAGAAUUGGCUGAGACUUUUCUGGUGAAUAUCACUCAUGUGGAGUUGCUGGGAGGUCAGACUGGGGCGGGACAGCCGAGCAUCAGAAGGCCCGGUAUGGAGAUAGCGGAGAUCACCAUUCAAGAAAAUGAUGACCCAAGAGGGGUCCUUCAGUUCAACAUCUCCAAGGAUGCUUCUGGAGUAGUGUUUGCCCAUGAGGUUCCUCCACCUGGUAAUGUCCUUUAUCUACCGGUGGUGAGGCAGGCUGGUAGGACUGACAGAAUAGUGUUGUUCUGGGAAGCUCAACCAGUCAUCGCUACCGCUGAGGAUUUCACCCCAUCUUCAGGCAACCUCACUUUUCAAGAUGGACAGGCAAGUGCCGUAAUUGAGAUCACCAUUGUUGAUGACACCAUUGUGGAGCCCAUGGAAUCGUUUCUUGUAAAGCUCACUCGAGUGAUUGGAGGGGCGAGACUGGGAGCUGACACUUCUGUUGUGAUCAACAUCCCUGCCAACGAUUCACCGCUGGGUCGCUUCGGAUUCCAGGAGCUAACAGUUACUAUCUCUGAGCCACAGUUUGCUGAUGAUCCUGCUUCCAUGGCAAAUCUAACAGUAGUGCGGAGUUCAGGGGGUGUAGGAACGGUCUAUCUGAUCUGGCUUCUUGAACAGAAGGGAAGAGAUGACCUACAACCUCAUAACGGAACUCUUGUCUUUAAUGGGACUGAGUCAAGGAAGACUCUGGUGAUCCAGGCUUUGGCUGAUGCUGACCUGGAGGGCGAGGAGAGAUUCACUGUCCAGCUUAUGUCUGCAGAGAAUGAGGCCGUCAUCGAUCCAACAAGAAACAUUGCCACAGUUGUGAUUAGGGCAGACCGUGGAGCCCUAGGAAUUGUUGGCAUAGCUGACUCCUCCAGGAAUGUCCUUAUUGGAGAACCUCAGGGUACUUACAAUGGCACAGCUCUGAUCAGUCUUGUCAGGGGGCCAGGCAUUUUUGGUGAGAUUGAGAUAUACUGGAACAUCACCCCAGCCGUAUCCUCUGAGUUUUUGGAGAUCUCAGGCAAGGUUAUCAUGAGAGACCGCCAGUCUGCUGCCACCAUUCAGCUGAAGGCUCUGGAUGAUGAUGUUCCGGAGGAGCGGAGGGUGUAUGAGCUGAGCCUCAUGUCCCUGACUCCCGGCUCAGAGAUCAGCCCCAGCAGACAGCAUGCCACCAUCACCAUGGCAGCCAGUGACGUGCCCUAUGGCCUAUUUUCCUUCUCCCAGUCGUCCCUCAGUGCCUCAGAGGAGGAUAGAUCAGUGAACGUUACAGUGGUGCGCUCCAUGGGGCUGCUGGGCAGUGUCUGGGUCAGCUACCACACAGAGGGUCGAAGUGCAGUGAGUGGACUGGACUUUGAACAGUCCUCAGGCAGACUGCUAUUCAGUCCAGGAGACACCUUCAGAGUCAUCACUCUGAAGAUCCUGGAUGAUUCUCUUGCUGAGGGACCCGAAGAGUUCUAUCUCAACAUCACCCAAGUGCAGCUCCUCAAUGACAAUGCUCUGGACUUUACCAUAAGGGAACAGGGUUUACAGAUAGAUCAGCCUCCAGCCAUUGGCAACCUCUCUUCCAUCAUGAUCAUCAUACAGAAGAAUGACAAUGUUGAGGGCAUCCUGGAAAUUCACCCCUCCUACACAAAUAUUACUGUUGAGGAGGACAUUGGCACUCUGUCUAUCCCUGUCCUGAGGAGAGUGGGUACGUAUGGACAGGUCACUGCUGAUUUCAUCACCAGGGGCAUUACAGCCCAGCCUGGCUCAGACUACAUUCUGCCUAAUGGCACCAUUACAUUCAGACAUGGCCAGAACCGCAGCCACAUCAACAUCUCCAUUGUGGAUGAUCUAGACAGGGAGUAUAAUGAGAUGUUUGAGAUCCAGCUCACUGCAGCCACUGGGGGCGCUGUACUAGGGGCUCAGCUUAUUGCCCAGAUCACCAUUGCUAAGAGCGACUCACCCAGCGGAGUGGUCCGCUUUGUCAACCAGAGUCUUAUCACCAUCCCCAACCCCAACAGCACCAUGAGACUCAGUCUGGUGCUGGAGCGCGUCGGGGGGCUGGUGGGAGAUGCCAUGAUAACAUGGAACAUACUAGGUCCCAAUUCAAACGAGGUUUUACCAUCUGUAAACACAGAUAUUGGUGAACCCGUGAACGGAUCGUUCCAUUUCAGAGAUGGCGAGGAGGGCGUGCGCAUCAUCGAGCUGCGGAUUCUGCCCCAUGGGGAGGUGGAGGUGGAGGAAACAUUUGUGGUCAGACUCAGCAUCCUGUCUGGAGAAAUGGACAUUGACCCCAGGGCAGGCUCUGUCACACUCAGGAUUGCGAAGUUUGGUGACCCGAAUGGUAUAGUGCAGUUCACAGAGCAGGAUCUGAGAGAGCGUGUGCACAGCGAGCCUGCAGACAGUGAAGGUCCACUCAACAUCUCCCUCCUCAUAACACGCAGAGAGGGGGUCAUGGGCAACAUCACUGUGUUCUGGGAGAUCCUGAGUGACUCAGACAUGUCAGGUGACUUUGCUGCCCUCCAUGGCUUCACCACCAUCCUGGCUGGUCAGCGUGUUGGGGAGAUCACCCUCAGCCUGCUGCCUGAUUCUGUCCCAGAGCUGGAGGAGACCUACACCAUCCGGCUGAUUGCAGUGGAGGGCGGAGCUGAACUUGACGCUGACCGCAGCAGCACUCGUCUCCGUGUCCGUGCCAAUGAUGAGCCACAUGGUGUCUUUGCCCUUCCACCACAGUGGCAGGCACUGGUCAUUAAUGCCACUGACCGCAGCAGGCAUCUGGCUCUAAACAUCAGCAGGUUGGCUGGAACGUUUGGUAAUGUCAGUGUGGGGUAUAGGAUCAGCUACCCCACACCUGGACAGAGCUUCACUGAGGAUAGAUCUACUGGGAGUAUCCUGGUGAGGGAUGGAGUGAAUUCUGCUAGUGUCACAGUUCCAGUCAGCACACAGGUGUUCUUUGUAACUGGCUUUAAUAUCACAGUGGAGCUGACGAAUGCGACUCUGAUAGGACCUCUUCUCAGUUCCCCUCCUCGUGUACAGCUUGAGGCAAGGAUUGCAAUCGUGUCUGUGCCUGAGGAGGCCGCCAAUGCUGAGGUCGGAUUUGCCUCCUUGGCUCUGCAGGUGUCUGAUGUGGUGAGUGGUCAGUGUGAGGCAAUAGUGAGCAGAACAGGCUUGUAUGGAGAUGUGGAUGUGCAGUGGAGAGCUGGAUUCCCUCCUGGCCAGACUCCAUCAGGCUACCAGCCAGGAGUGGUCACCCCCAGCUCAGGCACUGUGACACUGUCUCAUGGCCAGAGGAGUAAGAUCAUACCCCUGUCGGCUGCGUAUAACAUAUCAGAGCCUGUCGCACAUGCUGUUCACCUGACCAGCGCAGAGUCCAAAUCAGCAGGGGGAGCCAGACUCAGGUCUGGUUACACGGUAGCGGAGGUGGAGCCGUUGGGUGUUUAUCGAUUCUCACCUGAAUCUCAGCACCUGGUCAUCGAGGAGGACGUCCAGACCAUUACACUUUAUGUCCAGCGGCUUUAUGGUUUCCGUAGCAACCGCACCCAGCUGUUCUAUAAGACGUGGCCAGGCAGCGCCAGUCCUAGUGAAGAUUUUACUCCAGUGCCUGACGGUCAGCUGCUGUUUGAAGGCCGGCAAACAUCUGCUGCCAUUCACGUAUCGAUUCUGGACGAUUCACUGACAGAGCUGAAUGAGACGUUUUACGUGAACCUGACCGAUGUUCGUGUUCUUAGCGCUAGCUACCCCUCGCCCAGUGCUCGUCCACGAAUCAUCCCCGAAAACAGCAUUUCUACCAUCACCAUUCUUUCUAAUGAUGCAGUCAGUGGAUUUUUGAGCAUUGGUCCAGCACUGGUCCGUGCUUCUGAAGAUGGCCAGGAGGGAGCGCCACCUCAAAAAGUGGUGCUGAGGGUGCGUAGGACAGUGGGGCAGACGGGAGUGGUCAGCGUCAGAAUUCGGGCUUAUGCUGGAGGCCUUGUGGCACCGGGGCUGGACAUGGCUCCAUUCCUCCAGGAACGCAACCUGACCUGGGCUAGAGAAGGAGAGGACUUUGCACUGGAUUCCCAGAUAGUGACUCUGUUGGAGGGGCAGAGAGAGGCAGAGGUCAGCCUUUUCAUCCUAGAUGACCAGGAGCCAGAGGGUCAAGAGGUGUUCUUCAUCUAUCUCAGUGAGGCAGAAGGGGGAGCGCAGAUAGUCAGCUUGCCAGACGAGAUUGGCUUCACUUCCUUUGCCAAAAUUGUUAUCCUUGGGAGUGAUCUUCAUAAUGGAAUUGUGGGUUUCAGUUUGAGUUCUCAGUCAGGUCAGGCCCUGGAUGAAGACUCUGACAACAGGACUGCCAUACUCAUCCUCCAAAGGCAGGAAAACAGAGCAUUUGAGGACGUUUUUGUGUACUGGAGGGCCACGUUCAGCCCCACGGCUCCCACACUGGUCAGUCAGGGGGUGAAUCUCACGCGAGAGCUGCAGCAGACCUCAGGCAGAGCGCUGUGCAGGGGAGGGGAGAUGCUCUGCCUCCUCCAUCUGGAGGUCCGGCCUGAUCAGGACCCAGAGUUUGCGGUGUGGUUUCUGGUGGAGAUCUAUGAGGUGGGAGAGGGAGCUGCCAUCAACCAGACCGCCCGCUUCGCCAACGUCACCAUUCUGGAGAGCGAUGACCCACGCGGGCUGGUGUACUUCGCCGUGGGCUCCAGGUUGCCUGUGGCUACGCUCCGAGCGACCACUGUCAGUCUUCAAGUCUACAGGGACGCCAGUGUGACAUCAGCUAUCUCAGUAAAGUACACCAUGAGCUGCCCAAGGCCGAGUCCGUUGGUCCCCACUUUGAUCUGGCCUGCUGUGGCUGGCAUGGACUUUGUCAUGGCUGAAGGCAUCCUCACUUUUGACGUUGGACAGCACAGUGCUGCUCUAGACGUCGCCCUCACACCAAACAUUGGAUCCUCCAACCCUACACCGAAGCGUUUCCGUGUAAUUCUCUCUGACGCCACUGGGGGAGCAAGAGUGCAUCCUGUGUACGGCGUGGCCAACAUCACUCUGGUUUCAGACACAGAGACGCAGGCAGUCUGGACCCUGCUGGAGCAGCUCCAACAGCCUCUAGAUGAAACAGUCAUUAACCGAGUGCUGCAGGGGCUGAUUAACAAAGUCAGUGUGGAAAUCACACACGAGCAGCUGACCGCAGUGCUGGGCGCAGUGGACCAGACCUUGACAAAGGCCGAGCAGACCCCUCUGGAGGCCAGCAGCCGUGGCUUGACUUAUGAUCUUCUCUGCGCCUUGGCCAAACCUACUCGGACAGACACACGUGGACUAAGCCACCUAUCCGAGGUGGCAGAGCGUUUUGCUUUCUCACUGGUCACCAGCAUGCCAUGUGGGGCUGAGGGUCGGAGGGGACAAAACAUCCUGGACUCGUGUCCUUACCUUACCAUUGCCGCUCACCACUGGUACCCAACACAGAUCAAUGGCCACACCUUUACAGGCAAGAAUGGAGACACCUUCACCCUGCCCGAGACCUUGCUGGAGGUGCCUGCUCUGCCAGGGGGCGACAUGGUGCCCUCUGCCUGCCAGAAGGUGCACUUCACAGAGUACAGCACUGAGCACUGGUUCCUCACCAACAAAGCCAGCGCUCUCAAUGACAAGGUGUUCUCUGUUAGUAUACAGGGCAGAGGGUCGAGGCCUCUCACAGAUGGUAAAGAGGUGGUGUACCGCAUACACACACCAGACCGCCGAGUCAAACCACGCCAGUCUCUGUGCCUUCUGUGGAACCAGGCCGCUGAGAGCUGGCUGUCUGAUGGUCAGUUCUGCCGUGUGGUGGACGACAGCGAGAACUUUGUGGAGUGCGCCUGUACACAUCUGUCCAUCUACACAGCAUACGCUGAGACAGAUGCACUGUCCUCAUACAACGAGGCCUUCUACGCUGCCGGCUUCAUCUGCAUCUCAGGGUUUGCCUUGGCCAUUAUUUCCCAUGUGCUUUGCUCCAGAUUCCCCAUGUUUGCUGCCAAACUGCUCACACAUAUGAUGGUGGCCUGCCUAGGGAUGCAGAUUUGCUUCCUGGUGUCAGCAUUCAGGGGCAGGAUGUUCUCAGAAGACAGCUGUGCAACUCUGGGCCUCUUCUUCCACUACUUUCACCUCAGCCAGUUCAGCUGGAUGCUCAUACAGGCCGUGAACUUUUGGCAGACGCUGGUGAUGAAUGACGAGCACACAGAGAGACGCUAUCUGCUCUACUUCCUGCUGAGCUGGGGGCUUCCUGCCCUGGUCAUCAUUAUCCUCGUCAUAGUGCUGCUGGGAGGUUACGGCUGGAACAUUCAUGAUGUCUACGGGCUGGUGCAUGGAGAUCUGUGCUUCAUCCCAAAUGUAUAUGCGGCUCUUUGUACGGCUGCCUUCGUUCCUCUUAUCUGUUUGGUGGGAGUGCUGGUGGUCUUCAUCCAUGCCUACCAUGUCACACAGCAGUGGAAGGCCUAUGAUGAUGUGUACAGAGGCCGCACCAACAGCUCAGAGAUUCCGAUGGUGCUGUAUCUGUUUGCCCUAGUGUCACUGGUGUGUCUGUGGGCCGGUCUCCACAUGGCCUACAGGUAUCUCUGGAUGCUCAUUCUCCUCGUCAUCUUCAACGUCUUUCUGGGCCUGUAUGUGUUUGCAGUUUACUUCAUCAUGCAUAACCAGCUCUGCUGGCCAGCCAAGGCCAGUUACACAGUGGAGAUGAAUGGCCACAGCAGUCCUGACGGUGUCUUCCAGAGCACUGGGGCCACCACUGUUGGAGGGGAAGAGAUCAGCAAGUCCACUCAGAACCUCAUCAGUGCUAUGGAGGAGAUCUCGGCAGAUUGGGAGAGAGCGUCCCUCAGGCCGAGCAGUCAGCCCAGCAGUGUGUUCAAACAGGGUGCUGAAAACGGCACCUAUCCUUCUGAGGGCGGCUUCAUUAACACAAAUCUAGUCCAAGACGAGGAGUCGCAGGAGUUUGACGACCUGAUAUUUGCCUUAAAGACCGGGUCAGGCCUUAACAUGAGCGACAACGAGUCCAUCCCUGGGAGUCACGACGGCGGGAGCGUGGCGAACUCUCAGAUUGUGGAGCUGCGGCGGAUUCCCAUCGCGGACACACACCUGUAACCUCGCUGCUUUUGUACUGAAUGCGUGUAAACCAACCAACAGUAUUUUGUACUUGUACCACCUUUGCACUAAAUUUGACCAGUUUCUUUUCUCUUAGUUUUUGAGCUGUGUUUUUUAUACCUGGAAUUUGUUGAUAUUUCUGACCUUUUAUAAAUAUAUAUAUAUGUGAAUAUACAGUAUAAUUGUCAACAUAUUAAUUUUGUGAAGUUUUUAAUGGUCUGAGAUGUAAAUAUCAUGUACUGUAGAUGAAGGAGCACACAAGCAGGCUGGACCACCGGGCUCAGCCACUCAAUUUGUGUUACAGAUAAUAAAUAAUUCAACAACUAUUUUA